AUGACGUCACUGCCAUUCCCCAUGGGCGGCGGGGCAGAUGUCCCGGAGACAUGGCCGGCCGCCUUUCCCUUCGCAGCGCUGCCCAAGCGCCGCCUGCCCGCCGCCGCCGCCUGCCCGCCGCGGCUCUUCGAGGACACGAGCGCCGCCGCGGCCGGGGCGCCCCCGCUGCCGGACCCGGUCUCCAGCCUGGCCGCGGCGUACGGGAGCAACCUGGCCUCGCAGGGGAAGGCGCUGGUGGACCGCCACAUCGACCGCCUGGUCCCUCUGACCCGCCUGAAGUACUACUUCGCGGUGGACACGCUGUACGUGGGGCACAAGCUGGCGCUGCUUCUCUUCCCUUUCGGGCACCAGGACUGGCAGGUGCGCUACCAGCAGAACACCCCCGUGGCGCCCCGCUUCGACGUCAACGCCCCAGACCUCUACAUUCCAGUCAUGGCCUUCAUCACCUACCUGCUGGUGGCGGGGCUGGCGCUUGGGACACAGAAUCGGUUCUCCCCAGACCUCCUGGGCUUGCUGGCGAGCUCAGCCCUGGCCUGGCUCAUCGUGGAGGUGCUGGCCGUCCUCCUCGGCCUCUACCUUGUGGCGAUCAACACAGGCCUGACCCCCAUUGACCUGGUCGCCUUCUCGGGCUACAAAUACGUUGGCAUGAUCUUGGGCCUCCUGGCGGGGCUGGUUUUUGGGAAGACUGGUUAUUACGCGCUGCUCGGCUGGUGCUGUGUCACAGUCUUCGUCUUCAUGAUCCGCACGCUGCGCCUGAAGAUCCUGUCCGAAGCAGCUGAAGGGGUGCUGAGGCGGGAUGCCCAGAGCCAACUGCGCAUGUACCUGACUGUGGCUGUGGCUGGGCUGCAGCCCCUCCAGAUGUACUGGCUCACGUUUCACCUCAUCCACUGAUGCGUUGUUCAGGCAGCUAGUUUGUGCCCUGUGCCCCCAGCGCACUCCCCCUUUGGCCUCUGUCCCAUCUAGCCAAGCUGCCUGGGGUUUGUGCACAUGCGUGGCAGAACAGCUGUGUGUGUGCAGACAAGGCAGAGCAGGGAAAAUGGGUUUCUUGUGGCCAUGAUUCAGAUCCUCCAGCCUUACUUUGGAAGGGGAACUGGCACUUUGCUCCACUCCGAUCUUGAUUUGGCUCAAGAAGCCUGCUUGUCCUGCUCUUCCCU